AAUUUGAGCUGCAGGCGUGAAGAAGGGCCAGCUCCUCGCGCCUUUCCCUCCGAAGCCGCGCGGAGCCGAGCGCGCCUCAUGCUCGACGCGGCCGGUGGCCGGACGCCGUCCACGCACCCGGCGCUGCGCCACUGCGUCGAGCUCCUCCGCCUCCACCUCGCCUCCCCGUCCCUCGCCGCCGCCAAGCAGCUCCACGCGCGCGCCCUCCGCGCGGGCGUGCCGCCCUCCCACCCGCUCCUCGCCAAGCACCUCCUCUUCCACCUCGCCUCCCUCCGCGCCCCUCCCCUCCGCUACGCCGUCGCCGUCCUCACCCGCAUCCUCCCGGACCCGGACCCGUUCUCCCUCAACACCGUCCUCCGCAUCGCCGCGUCCUCGCCCCGCCCGCGCGUGGCGCUCGCGCUCCACGCCCGCCGCCCGACACGCACACCUACCCGCCGCUGCUCCAGGCGUGCGCUCGCCUCCUGUCUCUCCGCGACGGCGAGCGCAUCCACGCCGAGGCCGCCAAGAACGGCUUCGCCACGCUCGUCUUCGUCAAGAACUCGCUCGUCCACCUCUACGGCGCGUGCGGCCUGUUCGAGAGCGCGCACAGGGUGUUCGAUGAAAUACCCGUGCGCGAGCGCAACCUCGUCUCCUGGAACUCGAUGCUCAACGGGUUCGCGGCCAAUGGCCGCCCCAACGAGGUGCUCACUGUAUUCCGGGCGAUGAUGGACGUUGACUUCGCGCCAGAUGGAUUCACUAUGGUGAGUGUACUGACAGCCUGUGCCGAGAUUGGCGCACUUGCUCUUGGCCGGAGGGUGCACAUGUAUCUUGCAAAGGUUGGGUUGGUGGGUAACUCGCAUGUUGGCAACGCCCUGAUUGAUCUGUACGCCAAAUGCGGCAGUGUUGAUGAUGCAAGGAAGGUGUUUGAGGAGAUGGGGACGGGCAGAACUGUUGUCUCGUGGACCUCACUGAUUGUGGGCUUGGCAGUGAAUGGUUUUGGGAAGGAAGCGCUAGAACUGUUCGGUGUGAUGGAGAGGGAGAAGCUUGUGCCCACUGAAAUAACAAUGGUAGGAGUGCUGUACGCUUGCAGCCACUGUGGGCUGGUUGAUGAUGGGUUUAUGUAUUUUGAUAGGAUGAAAGAGGAGUAUGGCAUCACACCAAGGAUUGAGCAUUUGGGAUGUAUGGUGGAUCUGUUGGGGAGGGCCGGUAAAGUCGAGAAAGCUUAUGAUUAUAUUGUCACCAUGCCAUUGGAGCCCAACACUGUCGUGUGGAGGACCUUGCUGGGUGCUUGUGCAAUGCACAAGACAAGAAGUUGGAACUUGGGGAGGCUGCUUGGGCAAGGCUGGUUGAGCUUGAUCCAGGGCAUAGUGGAGAUUACGUUCUCCUCUCAAACCUUUAUGCUGCUGUUGGGAGAUGGGCGGAUGUUCAUGUGCUUAGGAAAACAAUGGUCAAGGAUGGGGUAAGGAAGAACCCUGGGCACAGCCUUGUGGAGCUCCGCAACUCUGUGUAUGAGUUUGUUAUGGGUGAUAGGUCUCAUCCUGAGAGUGAACAGAUAUACAGAAUGCUUGCUCAGAUAGCUGAGCGACUCAGACGUGAAGGCUACAUCCCUCGCACAAGUAAUGUGUUGGCAGAUAUAGAGGAAGAAGAGAAGGAGACUGCCUUGAACUACCAUAGCGAGAGGUUGGCCAUUGCAUUUGCCCUGCUGAAGUCUCUCCCUAGUACUCCCAUCAGGAUAGUGAAGAACUUAAGGGUAUGUGGGGAUUGUCAUACGGCAAUUAAGCUGAUAUCAAAGAUUUAUGAUCGGGAAAUCAUUGUGCGGGAUUGCAAUAGGUUCCACCAUUUUAAAGGUGGAUCAUGUUCAUGUAAAGAUUACUGGUAGUUGAUUACUCUACUGCAUGAAUUGACUGUCCUAUGAUCAGAUAAGUUGCACUGGAUUCUGAUUGCACAAGCCCACAAAUUUUGUUGAAGUUCAGGGAUAGAAAGUGAUAUAUGGAUUCAGCCAAUGCAUCCAGCUUGUGUUGCACUGGAAGGGGGAAUUUUGAGGCAGCCUCAUAUAUUAUAUGUUGUAUGGUUUAUCCAACGCAUCCCUGCCCUCAAGUUUUCAAACAAAAGAUGUUCCCUACCUUUGUAAAAUGAUCUGAAUCCUGGUAGGUCUGCAUGAAAUGAUGAGGCCAUGCUUUCAAGACUAUCUUUCCAACAACAUCAAUGCUAGACUGAAGACCCUUACAACCUGAUAAAGCUUGUGGUGAGCAAGACACUCACACACGGAGGAGGGAGACUGAAAAGCAGGAAAUGUCUCAAGUUCUGUAACUUCUGCUUCAGCCAUGAAGAGAAAGGAGCUGAUGAUCAUGCACGGCCUUCUGAUUCUUGGAUGGUUCAUAGCCUCUGCAGACGGCCGCAUCGCACCACAGGAGAAGGCGGAGUCGGUGACACCGAUCCCGACGCUGUCGCCACCGGAAGGCAACAUGACGUUCAUCAACGGCGUGACGUGGUGCGUGGCCCGGCCGGGCGCCUCCCAGGAGGACCUCCAGAACGCGCUGGACUGGGCGUGUGGCCCCGGUGGCGCUGACUGCUCCCAGCUGCAGCCGGGCGGCCGGUGCUACCAGCCGAACACGCUCCUCACCCACGCCUCCUACGCCUUCAACAUCUUCUAUCAGCAGAACGGCAACUCCGACAUCGCCUGCAACUUCGGCGGCGCCGGAGCCCUCGUCAAGCGGGACCCGAGUUUUGGAUCAUGCAAGUUCCUGGCAUCUGAGACUUCUGCAGCAGCAGCUUCCUCAGCGAUGUUGGGAAGGGCGUGGACGGCCAUGGUUGCUGCAUCUCUGAUCGCGCUUCAGCUGAUAAUUUAGAAAUUCUCCAUUGGUGAUGUAGACACGGUCUGAUCAGGCACUGCAUGCGUACAAAAAACAAAAUGUGAUGUGAUGACAUGUCAGUGUUAUGGUGGGUUUCCUUCUGUGGUUCUGUAAGGAACGGUCCUACUUUUUCGUGUACAAAUUUUGUUAACGAAUAUAUUAGUCUUUUUAGAAAUAAACACAACGGCGUUCGCAAGAGUUCGUUAUUAGGAUUUAAUGAUACUAGGUUUCCUA